AUUUUUCCCAUAGCGGUCACUGACAACGAAGGUGGGUUUAGUUUUUUUUUUUUUUUUUUUUCCUGAGUGGGAGGAUUCAGGAUGUCAGCCAAGAUGUGACAGAAGCGAUGGGACGCUGAGAGUGUAAAGUAAGGAGUACAGCACGACGGGAACAGUAAAGUUGAUCUAGAGGCAGGAAAAUAAAAUAAAAAAUCACGUCAAAUGGCACAGACAGAGUAUUCUGACCUUGAGAAGGCCAUUAACACCUUGGUCUCAAACUUCCAUGCGGCUUCUUCUGAUAAUCGGCCUACGCUGAAGGCAGAUGAGUUCAAGAACCUUCUCUCCUCCCAGAUGCCAAACUUAGUCAAGUCGGAUCAUUUUGGAGAAGUGCUGAAGCAAAUGGGUGUGAAAGAUGGGGAAGGCAUCAGCUUCAAACACUUCUGGAGCCUGAUCCAGAACUUGGCCACAACCCAGCAUGGUCUGCUGAGCCACGAGAAGUUGUCCAAAUGCACCUGUCUGUUACUAUGAGCCGCAGACUUAGCUGCAUCUACCACUAAGAUCUGGUCUCUCUGCAUCUCUGCAUUUAUCCAGAACCACUCAUCUCCAAACAAAACACUAACUUUCAUUUCUAAACAUUACAAUAAAUUGCUGCCAAAAUAAACAUCAAGAUGUUAUUACCUAAACUCUUAAUUUUUUUUUUUUUUUUUUUUUCACAUUGUCAAGCAUUACAUUGUUUGUCUCUCUUCCAACCAAGUAUCAAGUAAAUUGUAAUGUUAACUAACUACCUAAUAUUCCAUAAUUGAACUGGAGUUCAGUUUGUUUUCACUUGCAACUAAAGUUACAGCUUCCCACACAGUUAUACUUUUAACAUCAAUUGAGUGUUUCUCAAUAAAAAAAAAAAAAGAAAAGAAAGAAAAAUCUAGAGGAUCUGUGGAUUUUCUUUUAUUUUUUUCUUUUGUUAUUAUUAUUAUUAUUAUUAUUUGUUGUGAUAACACUACAUGUAAACUUACUGCCAUAAUAGUUUAAAGUAUGUUCAUUUUUACACACAGACAUGUACUGAGUGGUUUUGGCAAACAAAAACAACAUCAACAUCCAAAAACUUUUAUUUAUAUUUUCUAAUACUGUUUUGUAUGGCCAAAAUUCAAUAACACCCUGAAUUAUUGUUUAAUAAAAUUCACAUUAAACAACA